AUGACGAAUCCUUGUGGCGGAGGUGGUUGUUGGGGUCUGGAGGCCGAGGGCCUCCUCUGGCAACCACUUGAUUGGCCGUACCCCGUAUCGGGAUCAGCGGGCUUUGCUCAAGUCGUUUGUCAGGCUCGUCCCGGCGACCUGGAAAAGGCACCAAAGAGGAAAGAAAACGGUGUACGCGGUGUACAUGGUGGGGAAAUGGUACGAUUUCACGAUUUCAGAUGA